AUCGCCUCAAGCCAAGGACGAACAAACGAAACACUCACGCAUCCAUCUACUCAUUAACCGCCGAGACUACGACCAAAAAUCUGGAUACAACAACGGAAAAGCGAUGCCAAAGCGCCCCCGAAGACUCCGCAGACCAUCACCAGACUCCUUCCAGCCCCUAAAAACCCUCCUGCAAAUCCUCUCGCUGCAAACAAUCUACUACAUCUCAAGCUCCGUCCUAAUACUCUUCACUGCGCUCGUCGCCGGCUGCGCCUUCUCCCUGGACCUGAUAUUCUCAUGGCGUAGCGUUCGCGGUGAUAAUACCGUCGGUUGGACGCUGAGUAUUGUUUGGUUGUUGUGUUCUGGUAUCAUGGUAAUAGCGCAAGUCCUCGUCCACGCUCGGAGUAAGAUGGUGCUGGACUUUAGCCUUACGCUGCACUUCCUGCAUUUACUGGUUGUGUCCGGGUACGAGUGGGAGGUGCCGAAGAGUGUGCUCUGGUGGGGGUUGCAGAUUGCGUCGGCGGCUUUGAUGGUUGGAGUCGGGACUUGGGCGUGUCGGUGGAGAGAGCUGAGGCCUAUUCCCUUCGGCAAUGGAGGUGGUGGCAGUGGCGGGGUCGGAGGGGGCACCGUGGGUGCCGGGGAUUCGGGUGGGGCGUAUGAGAUGGUUAGGAUGAAGGAGGAGGAUGCUUGAUGAGCACUGGCAGUGGGUUCUGGUAGCGGUGGUGGUGAUGACAAUGGGGGGGUUGCGCUGCUUUGCGGGUUUCAUACGCGGUGGGAUUGUUGAGCAUGGGUUAUAUGGGUUUCUACAGCAUGGGAUCGGCAAGGGCGUUUUUUUCCUUCCAACUCGUUUACAUUUCCUUGGUCUUGGUUCUUUUUUGUGCUUCUGCUGUGCUGUGCUAUAGACCAUUGGUGUAAGUUAUAGGUAGCGUUAUGGAUUGUUAUUUUUUGUUUCCCGUUUUCCUUAACCUCGUCCCCUUCUUUCUUUUGUUUUUUACUCUUUUUCC